AUGUCCGAAGCCCAGCGCGAACGCGAGGUGCAGCGAUAUCUCCAGAGUUGGCAAGUCGCCCAGGGGUCGUCGCUCAAUGUCGCCCUCAGCGUCGACAGUAUCGCCGCCCCCGACUUACACGGGAGCGGCUACAGGCCAAAGCCCUCGUCCGACAAGGCUCUGACGGCCUUUGCCCAGCUGGCCGUCUUGCGACUCAAUGUCAAGCGUGCCAUGGUAUCGCUGAUCGAUACCACCACCCAGACAAUCCUCGCCGAGGCCACCCGCAACGUCCAGCUCGGAGACCUCGACGACCUGCAAGACCACCAGAGCGACGGCCUGAACAAGGACGGGGACCAGCCCAGCAGUACCAAUGGUGAUUUGUGGCUCGGCGCCGUCAUCUUGUCACGCCCGGAUGCUGUUUGCGAACACUCUCUGGUGAACACCUGUACCGGCCUCGACCACAGAGGCAAGCCGUAUACCGCCACCGGCCUCAUCGUCAACGACUGCCGUGAAGACUCCCGCUUCUGCAACCGGCCCUACGUGCUGACCGAGCCCGGCGUGCGCUUCUACGCCGGCGUGCCCAUCAUUUCGCGCACCGGCCACAAGAUCGGCUCCUUUGCUGUCUCCGACGAGCGUCCUCACGAUGGUCUGACGGCCGAUGAGAUCCGCUUCAUGCAAGGCGUCGCCCAGACCGUCAUGGAACACCUGGAAUGGGCCCGCGAUCGAGUCGACCGCUUCAAGGGCGAGCGCAUCGUACGUGGACUGGCCACCUUCAUCGAGGGGUGCUCAACCCUCAAUGAAGACCACACGGCGCCCAAGGACGAGCUCCCUCGGAGCCCCUCGACCGUACGCCCCCCCGAUAUGGCCCUCACCUCGACGAGACGUCCCUUGCCACGCUCUAACUCGUACUUCCGCAACGCCGAAGCCCGAGAUCGGUCGAAAGAGUCGUCGACAUCCCGUCAGUCCGAGCCGGCGCCUCCCUUCUCCGAGACGCCACCCUCCCCCAAGAAGGUGCCUCAGCCGAAGGCCGAUGGCCUGUCGAAGCUCUUCAACCGUGCAGCCGAGGUUCUCCGUCAGUCGACCCUCGCCGACGGCGUCGCCCUCUUCGGCGCCACCGCAACGACUAGUGCCGCGCCGGUCAACCGUUCCAGGUCUGGCAGAAACCAGUCUUCCGAUGAGGAGGAUGUCGCUCGACCUGCCACUUCGGGCUCUGGCCUCGACAGUUCCGACUCGGACACGUCGCCGGCUUCGAGACCCUGUAAGAUCCUGAGCUUCUCGGUGGCGGACGAACGUGCGCGCGCCAAAAUCGAACAGGGCCCGGCCUUGUCUCUCGGCAUCCUCGAAAAGUACUUCUCCAUGUUCCCCAUGGGCAAGACCUUUUCCUUCACCGAGGCCGGCAUCGGCGUCUCUUCUGGCGACGACAGCGCGAGCGACAGGGAGACCAUGGGCGUCGACGGCGCCGUCCCCGUCGAUCGAUCCGAGGGCAGGCGGCGAAAGGUCAAGAUGGUCCACGAAGAGCUUCUCAAGAAGAUCCCCGGAGCGAAAGCCGUCGUCUUCGUCCCUUUGUUCGAUUACGGGGAGGAUAAGCUCGCCGGCGGUUGCUUCCUGUGGACGUCGGUGACGGGCCGCAUGAUGAACCUCGACCAAGACCUGUCCUAUCUCCGGGCUUUCAGCAACAGCAUCAUGACCCAGGUCGGCCGCAUCAACAGCCAGAAGAACGAGGCCGCCAAGACCACCUUUAUCGCCAGCAUGAGCCACGAGUUGCGCAGCCCCUUGCACGGAAUCCUGGGCUCUGCCGAGCUCCUUCAAGAUACGAGCACUGAUCCCUACCAGUCCGGCCUUAUCAGCUCUAUCGCCACCUGUGGCAAGACUCUACUCGACACACUGAACCACGUACUCGACUACAGCAAGAUCAACAGGCUCGGCCGGGCACAGAUGAGGAAGCGUGCGAGACAGAACCAGAACAGGCCUGUCGCCAUCACCUCCGACUCGCUGGAAAGCUUGAGCAUGACGUCCGUCGUCGACCUCGCCAUGCUCGUCGAGGAAGUCGUUGAUGCCAUCGCCGCCGGUCACGCUUUCAAGAAGCUAGCAGGCGCCGGACCGUUCGAGGCGCCCAAGCCCAGCAUCAGUGUUAACGAGUCGAAUAACGUCAGGUCGGUAGUCAACUUUCAGCAUCAAGGCUCCAAGGGAUUGGUUUCCGUUUUGAUAGACAUCGACCCAAAGACUCCUUGGCUCGUCAAGACGCAGCCCGGUGCCCUCCGGAGAAUUAUCAUGAACCUCUUCGGCAACGCCCUGAAGUACACGUCGUCCGGUUUCGUCCUCGUCUCCCUCAGCGGCCAAGCGAGGGCCGAAGGGUCAAAGAUUGAUGCUUUGAUACGGGUGGCGGAUUCCGGCAAGGGCAUGUCCGAAGAGUUCCAGCAGACGCGGCUGUUCCUCCCUUUCAGUCAGGAAGACACUUUUCAACCUGGUACUGGCCUAGGGUUGAGCAUCGUCAAGCAGAUCGUCGACUCCCUGCGAGGAAGCCUCGAAGUCAGAUCGGAACAGAACAGGGGCACCGAAAUCGACGUCCAUCUCAGCUUCUCGCCCGUUUCCGACGACGCCGCCCGCGGCGAACCCGACGAUGUGAUGCGCAACGCCGUCGAACAGACCCGGGGUUUGCAAGUCGUCUUCCUAGACGCGGCAGAUGGCUCUAAAAUCGAAUUACAGCCCUUGAGCACGCCAACGGCCAAGUUGACUGGGAUCCUUACCGAGACGUGCACCGAGUGGUUCCAGAUGUCGGUGGCGAGAGAAGACGCGGCGAGUCCACCGGAGGCCGACAUCUACCUGUACUCCGAACCGCCCUCUGUCGAAAUCCUCGAGAAGCGGUUUAGGGACAACACGCAAAGGAGCGUGAGCCGCAGGAAGGCUCCUUUCGUCAUCGUCAGCCCGAAUGCCGAAGAAGCGGUACGCAUUCUGCAAGAGCACAGCAAGCUUUUGAUGGAGUUUUCCGAGAUUGUAGAAGUGAUCCCCCAGCCCUGUGGCCCAAGAAAGCUGGCCAAGGUCUUCACCCACUGCCUCAAGCGUGCCGAAGACAUGAGGGAGAACCACGGUGCAGCAGGAAUCCCAGCCGGGUCUUUGGCCGGCAACGAAAAGCGGACCCACGAGGUUGAAAGGGUUGGCACGCCUCUCCAUCAAGACGCCAGGCUGUCUGAACUGGAACCAGCCAUGUCCGUUCAGCCGCUGAUCAAGCCCCUCGGCGCUCUCGCCGUAUCCCCGGCGCUGAACGGCGGACAGCCAGUCAUCGUCGAGCAGAAGCAACACACGCUACACAUCCUGCUCGUCGACGACAACCAGAUCAAUCUCAAGCUCCUCGUCAUGUUCAUGAAGAAGUGCGGCUUCUCGUUCGAGCAGGCUGAGAAUGGGCAGGAGGCGCUGGACAAGUUCAUCGCGGCCUCGAGCGCGUCGACCGCGGCGUCCGCCAGCAAGCGCCGGCGGUUCGACUUCGUUCUCAUGGACAUCAGCAUGCCCGUCAUGGACGGCUUCGAGGCGACGAAGCGGAUACGCGAGUACGAGCGCGAGCACAAGCUGCAGGCCACGACUGUCGUCGCUCUGACUGGCUUGGCCAGCUCGGAUGCCCGGCGGGAUGCCGAGUCGGCCGGCUUCGACGUCUUUUUGCCAAAGCCCGUUCGUUUCGCCGAGUUGCAGAAGCUCCUGAUGGCCGAGUAG